GUGUACACUGUGUACACUGUGUACACUCUAGACAUGCUUUCCACUUCGACCGAUCCGUUUGACGUCGCUCGAGAUGAAGUAGAGGCUCUCAUUCGAAAGGUGCGGAGCAUGCACAAAGAGUGGCAAAAACUGCUACAGUCAGAAAACACAGCUGAGAGUCGGAAGUUUCAAGAUCUACAAAAAGAGCUAGCGGCAGAGCUCUCGAUUUUGUCUGGCGACCUUGCAGAGGUGGACGCGAGCAUCAAGGCAGUGGAAGACAACAGGGAGCGCUUUCACCUGAGUGAUGCCCAACUGGCAGCUCGAAAGGAGUUCUUAGGUGUGAGCCAAGCGGCACAUCGUGAAAUUCAAUCGAGUCUGUCCAGCCCAGCUGCAAAAAGCAAGAUGGACGAGGACCAAAAACAAGUUCUUUUUCGGCGGCAAAAGCAAGCUGAAGAGACCCAGCAGAGGCAAUUGGCCCAAGAAAGCAAAGCCUUCUUGGAAGAACAGAGAUUGCUGCAGAGACAGCUCAUAGCGCAACAGGAGGAUGAACUCCUGCUCUUGGAACAAGGUGCACAAAGGCUUGGCCAGGUUGCACAUACUAUCAAUGGUGAGCUAGAAAGUCAGCAAAAAUUGCUUGAUGAGCUCAACCAGGAUAUAGAGAAAGAGGCCGUGCAAACGUUUUUGAUCUUGAAAGACAAUCUGCUUGACAGUCUGUGCCCAUGUUGUCCCAAAUGCCCUGGCCAUUGCCGGACAGAUGGAGCGAAUGGACGUGGUGACAAAAGGUAUGGGCACCCUUCUAAAGACGAGCAAUAAG